GUUCGGCACAGUACGCGCCCAGCGCCUACGCGGAUCGUCGCGGUGCUCGUCGGUUCUCGUUCGUCGUCGUCGUUGUCGUUAGUGGUGUAGUUUAUUUUUUUUUUAUUUUUUAUCCUUACGAACUAUUCCGUUGACUCGUGCGUGUUCACCGACAACAAGGGCGGCCGUGUUAAAAGGGACACCGUUUUAUUUCGCCCACAGCCGCCGCCGCCGCCACCGCCGUCGCCACUGCUGUCGCUGUUCUUUUCUCGACCGGCUUCGGAGAGCGUGCGUCCUUCUCGUCGGUGCGAACAGUGGUGGAAGAAAGAAGCACGGAAUUAUUUUACACGCUCCCGAAGACUGGCUUUCGGAGCCGACCGAACGAACGAUCAGGGAUAAUUGAGAGAAAUUGUGAAGUUGAAGCUGGGUUCUCGAUUUUCAGACGCACGAGAUUCGAGACAGUGGAAGCGAAGUGAAGAAACUUUAUUCCACGUCAGCAUGAUAUGAUAGCAGCGACCGAAGGAACCACCCCCUGAAACAUGAAGAAUCCUUGCGUCCUCGCGUACUUCCUGCUCCUGCCAGCGGUGCUCGGGCUGAGCCUGCAGGAGGACGACCUGGUGUUCGACGAUGUCGGCGAAGAGAACAGCAGUCCUGCGACCGUGAUCAGCCGCCGUUACGAGGAGCUACGAACUAGCUGGCACGAACAGAAACGACCGCACGACUCGAAGAGGCACCAGGUCGAGAGGUUAUGGGGCGUGCCCGAUGUCAUUGUGCCCGUUGGCCACGUACUCAAGCUAAGGAUCCCGAGGCAAGCGUUCGCCGGUACCGUGGAUUAUUACGAGGUAUUCGACGCGAAUGGAAACGAGCUGCCACGGUGGUUGUACUGGGACGACGCGGCCUCGACACUGAUGGGUGUCCCAUCGAAGAAGGAUGCGGGUAGCCAUCACUUGAGCGUGAAGGCGAUCGGAAAACACGGUGACACCGCGAAGGACCUGUUCAUCGUCCAAGUGGUUCCUGAGAAACACGAGGAAUUGAAGCAUAGAGAUGGAAAGACGCAUUGCAACGAAGGAGAAGAGCAAACUCUGCUGACCAUACUGCUGGACACGAAGUUCGAUAACCUUUCGCCGGCUAUAAGAGUCAACACCAUCGAUAACCUUGCAGGGUUUUUGGGACUUCAUUUGAGCUCGUUCACGAUGCACCCGCAGAGCGGCAAGGAAAACUCGAACACCGACUCAUCUGUGAUCCUCAGCGGGCCUGGAAACGUGAAACACCGCAAAGAGAAACAUCUAACCGCGAUUCAGUGGCAGGUCGGCUGCGACGGUCACUUAUGGAAGCAUCAGACGGACCUGGUGAAACGGUUGCGGGAACAAGCCAAGGAUGGCACUCUGGCAGAAGUUAUGCAGCUACCUGUUUUAUUAUGGCGCGUGAAGACCGAGGCUAGUUUGUUAUUGAGAAACCGGCGGGAGGCUGGUUCAGGGAACUAUGGUAAUACUGAUGAUUACAAUGGUUACGACGAUGAUUACGAUGACCAGUACGAGGAUGGCGAGGAGUACGGCGAGGAUGGCGAGGACUCGCAAGUGCAGCCAACCAUCAUGCCGGAAACUAACUUCGCCAGAGGAAACAUUGGGCUGGAACAUCCUCAUAGACAUCAUCACGGUGAAGGAACCAUCGAUCGGAACACGGAUCAGAUAGACAAGGAUGUAAUCACUGGUGAAAACGAAGGGAACGUUGGAGAGAACAAAACUGUCGCUGAGACGUCGUCAAACACAACAACCACUGAACUUACAUCACCACCACCAUCAACAACUACAACCACCACCACCGCGACGACUAGCUCGACAACAACAACAACAUCAACAACAACAGCACCGACAACAACAUCAACAAUAAUCCAACAACCACCGUCAACGGCCACAAGUAGUACAACUAGCACAACAACGACAACAACAGCAGCAGAUACAACGACGAUCAGUGCCGUUGUACCGAUCACUGUCGCUCCGUCGACCGAAUCACCGGAGAAACCGGAGAUCACCGAAGAAACGACGAAGAACACCAGAUACACGGAGAACGAAUCUCUAAACGUGUCAUCCGUUACCACCAUAAUACCAGAAUUCAUUACCACCCUUGCUUCGGUAAUCGUUCCUCAUUCUAGCACCGCUGGAACAACGUCCAGGAGCAACGUUAUCUUCGACCGAACGGAAACGGAUGUCACCGCUGGUAUUGUUAAUGCCACCGUGGCCGAGCCAACGGAACAGUCGCCCACGACGAAACAACCCACCAUUCUAGUAUUUACCACCAUACCUCCGAACGUUACUACAAUGUUCACAACCACCACACCCGCCCCAAUUACCAGCACAACACCCAUGACAACAGAAAUGAGAACAUCACCGACCACCACUACCACUACAACCACCAUGGCUCCAACAACAACCACUAUCACGACCACUACCUCUCCGCCAACGACCACCACCACCACAACAACAACCACCAUCGAACCGCUCAGUGUUACGGAGAACGUAGAGUAUGGUGUUCACAACUUCCCACCUACGCGCGAUAGGAGAUUGAAGAAGAUACCGGUGACCGCUGGUAAACCGUUAAGCUACAUCAUACCACCGAAUACAUUCAGCGAUCCUGAGGAUGGUGACACGAGAAACUUGAAGCUCAGUUUGUAUUUGCAAGGUGCACCGCUGAAGACCACCCAUUGGCUUCAGUUCAAUCAACGCACACAAGAGGUUUAUGGAUUACCGUUGGAGAAUGAUAUAUCUACCUGGAUGUACGAGCUGGUAGCUACCGAUAGCGAGGGAUCGAACGUGACUGAUCAACUAGAUGUUCAUGUACAGCAACACAAACUUAGUCGCAGUGUCAAUCACGAGUUCAGUAUUUAUCUGAGGAUCGACAAGCGUUCCGAGUUUCCAACGGAAGUUGACUGGGAGCUAAAGGUAAUUCGAAGGUUAGCCGAAUUAUACGGAGAUAGCGACACCAGGCACAUUACCGUUCGAUCGAUCGAUGUUGAUCACGAUCAAGCAAUCUUUACUUGGACCAAUGAUAGUCUACCUAGAAGCAGCGAGUGUCCCAAGGAAUACAUUAAUGAUCUACUGCAUGUGCUGAUCGAUAGAAACGGUGAUCCUAGCCCUUCGUUAAGGGAAGUCCUUCAGCCCGAAAUCAGAGUGAAACGAGUAGUGUAUCAAGGUAUUGGACAGUGCGAGGACAUGACUCGUCCAGAGACACCAAGAGUUUCCACUCAAGAGCCUAAAUCAAACUUCCCACCAUUGCCAAGGAACCAGGUGGAUCUAGUCAAUGCCACCGUUGGUCAGUUGCUUGUGUUUAAAGUGCCAGAGGAUACUUUCUACGAUGCGGAAGAUGGUUCUGCUCGCAACAUGCAGAUGAAUCUAUUGACCAUCGAACGCAAGCCUAUUCCUCCCCAUGAAUGGUUACAAUUCGAUAGCAAGAACCAAGAAUUCUAUGGAGUACCAAUGCGCAGCGACGUUGGGCGCAAAGAGUAUCAGUUGGUCGUCACUGAUAAAGAGGGUGCAAGUGCUACCGAUGGCCUAGUCGUUGUCGUUCAUCCCGCUCCAUUCACGCAGCACACGGUCGAGUUCUCGAUGACAUUGGAUAUACCUUACGAGUCGUUCGCGCAUUCCGCCCUUCAGAAGCGGAACUUCAUCGAAAAGUUACGCGAUCUCUACGAGGACAGAGACACUAACGCGAUCUCAUUGCACAGUAUAUCAAACGGUAGCACAGUGAUUACUUGGCACAAUAGAACCUUGCCUACCUCAUAUUGCGCGCACGAAGAAGUGAGCAGAUUGCGAUCGGUCCUCGUCAAGAGCGACAACGAUCGUCGAUCCGUCACGGACGAAGUCCUAGAAGUGAUGGGCUCGAAAUUCCCCGUGAAACAGAUCACGGUGAUACCGAUGGGAAUCUGUCUCGGUGAACUAACAGACAUGCAUUCGCCUGACAACUACGUUCCUCCGGUGGACGAUUCCACACCGGUCGGAACGUUCCACGAUGACUAUCUCAUCACGUUCGUCCUGCCGGCUAUAAUAAUCGCCGUGAUGCUCAUUCUGGCCGGUAUAAUCGCUUGCGUGCUGUACAGACGAAGGCGUAGCGGGAAGAUGAGCGUCAGCGAGCAAGACGACGAGAGACAGAGUUUUCGUAGCAAAGGAAUUCCGGUUAUAUUCCAAGACGAACUCGACGAGAAACCAGACCCAGGUAACAAAUCACCCGUCAUUCUGAAGGAAGAAAAACCACCGCUACCACCUCCGGAGUAUCAGAAAACCGAGGACGGCGCGGACGUACCGAUGCUGCCGAAGGAGAAUUCCGAAGAACCGUAUCAACCGCCGCCACCGUUCGCCACGAAUCGCGAUACCAAUCGUCAAAAUCGUCCGAAGCCCACCCCGACGUACAGAAAACCACCCCCAUACGUACCUCCCUAACAAAAUACAGUUCAUUCGCCCACGCGCAAAUAUAUGCUAGCGAUGCUCGGAGACUCCCCAAUACACGCGCAAAACCAAACCAACUAUCAGAAGAAACCACAGUACGUCGGUAACAACGUCGACAAUUGUGGCGGAUCUCUGAACGUAUACAGCAAUCUUAAGUAAGGCUUUCCGUUGGUCCGAGAUUCAAUCGAUAUCGCGUAAGUAAAAAGAAAAAAAACAAAAAACAAAAAAAAACCACAAAAAAACAAAAACCUGAAAGAAUUGAUUCGCGAGAGUUCGCCAAAUCGCGCCCAUGUUUACUUACUUUGUAAUAAUAUACAUAUUAUUAUACUCAUUCGUCGCUAUUUAUCCGCGGUGUAACGUAUUUAAGAGAUGAAGUCUGGGGGGGAAUUAAACCGCGAGGGUGUUGUUCGUUCUCGCGGUUUCGUAUUUUUUUUUUUUUUUUUACUUCUAUCCACGAUGUACUUUUAUCAACCGUCUUAUAUUUCAUGGGAAAACUUUUUCUAGGGAGUGUACGGGAUUACAAAUCACGCGUUGCCUUUCGUAACGAAUUCAAACUGUAGAGAGGAAGGAUUCACUUACUCCGACCGGGUAUAUUGCGGAUAUUUUAGGUUUUAGGUUUACGAAACUGUAGAACCAGCGUCGUUAGGGCGAAGUAAUUUUAUUCGGCGAUAUAACGAAGUUCGGUGUACAGCAAACGAUACUCGUUAAUGUUUCAGUAAUCAGUGCCAUUUUUUAAGCAAUAAGAGUAUCGAAUGCUGUGAACGAAAAAAUAAGAAAAAGAAAGAAACAUGUACUAUUUAAUGGUUCUACUAAAGACUUAACAGCAGUUUACUGUUCAAACGGUCUCGCAAGUAUCAAGGACUAUCGACUUAACGAAUCUUCUUAUCGUACAAACGUACCUACUUACAUCGUAUAACACUGCCACAUGAUGAAUAUAACGUGAACUCGUCGUCGGGCGAGGCAGUUUUCAUCACCGCCAAUUACUCAAUUUUUUUUUAUUUUUUUUUUUUUGUACACUCAGUCCCAUUGAAGUUGGCGCAGAAACACAUUUACGCCGCGUCGGUGAGCCGAUAGGUGGGGCGCGGCGUGAAUGCGUUAGUGCGCCAACUUCACUGCGACAACUUCGAUGGGACUGAGUGUACGUUGUCGUAUAAAAUGAAGGAAACGUUUAUGGAAGGCGUGAAUGAACAAAGGAAUCACGAACUGGCCCAUCCGACGAUCAGUUGUCAGACUUAAAAAAUGAAAAGAAGAGAACUGAGAAUUUUUUUAAACCGUAACUUAAUCGAAUAUAUCCGUUCGCGCGAUGCCAUUUGCAAAGUGACAGCAAAAUGCUUCCAUUGGCGCUGUAGGCCAUGCAGAGUAAAAGGAUAACUAAUGAUAAUAUAUACAAAAUAUAUAAUAUAAAUAUGUAUAUUACCUAUUUGUCGUUCGAUAGACAGUCUGCUGCAGUAAUUUUAAGUCGACGUUGUUUAAAACGAUGCCCCAGAUCCAUGUUAUAGCAUUUACCUUCUAAUUUCUAUUAUUAAUGCACACUGUACAGGAAGCUUUACUGUUCAUUUAUCUCUCUAAUUUUAUUUCACGCACAAUCGAUUCCUCUGAUUUUUAUAACGGCCCGAUUCAGAUUUUUCUACUAUCCAUGGUUAUACGGUGAGAAAAUGCAAGCCUUACGUAUCUCAACGAUUUUAAACCCGUCGGGAGGUAAUUUAAUUUAGAUUUUACAUAGUUACCAAGCCAAAAAGUACUAACUAUUUAAAGCAAAGUGGAAAACAAUGGAAAGGAUAAGGAAGAAAGUAACGAGAUCUACUUUUAAUGUAUACAAAAGCGUGACACCCGUACCCUGUGCGCGGUGCGUACAUUUUAUAAAUCAAAAUGAUUCGGAUAAAGUCCCUCAAAUUUUGCUCUGUUGCAAAAUUCUUGAAAAAAAGAAUGAAACGAUGAUGAAGAAAAUGAUUUUUUUAGAUAUGGGAUGCGGGUACACAGGCGCGAAUGCUGUUUCUUCGACACCUCGAUGCUUUCCUGAUAUUUUUUAAAAGAGGAAGACACGAGAGUGGAAAAGAACGAGAGACGACGAAAAUAAAAAAAAGAAAAUGAUACCUUUUCGCGUACCUCGAAUUUGAUGGCUCCGUUUCGUAUCCACCUUGACGAAAAAGGGACAGCGUUAACGAAUCCUCAAAUUUGGGGUAACUCCUAAAUGAAUCACGUGUGAAUGAUUAUGAUGCCACUGCUGAUGAUGAUAAUUGUAUAUGUAGAAUGAUAAACGGAUGUUUCGUAUGCAAGCUAAAAAUUACGAUAUAAUAUAUAUAUAUAUAUAUAUAUAUAUAUAUAUAUUAUAUAUUACUAUUAAUUCACGUCUUUAUAAAGUAGAAGAUUUAAGUAUACUAACACACGCGACUGCUCGAAUCCCUUUUUCAUUGCGCCCUGUUUAUCGCAGGUCUUGUACGAAACAAAAGUUGCUUUAAGAAAAAAAAAAAAAGAAAGAAAAGAAAGGAGAUAUUAAACUGAUAUUCGAAUGGUUAGCGAUAAUCACACGAAACUCUCUGGUGUGUUUUCUAUUUUUGUAUCACGUGUUUGGCGUUGUUCGCUGUUCAAGGAAAUUGAAUGGAUAUUUAGGAAAAUUUCUCAUGCUUUCCCCAGGACCGGAUUAAGGUUUCUAGGGUACCGAGGAUCUCCCUUUGGUUGAUAAACUUGGUUUAAAAAUUGAAAUUCAUUCUAAAUGAAAUUAAAGGGAACAGGGCACGAAAGGAAAGUUUAUAAGGGGGCCCAGGGCUGUAGCUUCCCUUAAACCUCCCCUUAAUCCGGUGCUGGCUUUCCCUAUAGAGGAGAAAUUUAUUAAGCUGGCCGAAGCUCGACGAAUUGAGGUAUACAAAAUAGAACUCCAUUUAUUUGUCAAUCGACAAGACUGAUUGAUUUCUCCCUCGAAAAAUGAUCUCUUUGUAUAAAAGUGGAUUUCAUCGCGCUCCUAUUACCCUAAUCACCUAACUGUACCAAAAAAUCGUGAAUUCUCAAUAAUAGUUCCAGGAACAGGUCCAAUUAAUUUCAUUCGAAUAAGUGGAGUUCUGUGAUACCAUUUAAGGCUCGUUUCGAACCUUCGAUGACCUGCGAUAAGCAAGAACACCCUUCAUAUCAUGCUUCUAAUCAUAUCAUCGCUCUCGUCCGUUGCAAUUGUGUUAAUGUGACGGACGCGAUAAUUAUGUACAAUAUUUAUAAGAUAUAUACACUCUACGUGGUAAAGUGUUAGAGCCGCGUGAAUGAGGGGGGUCGAUUUCGAACCAAGGAUAUUGUUUCUUCUUUUUUUCUUUUUUUUUUUCAUGGUUGAAAGUGGUUCGAAAGUAUUUUGUACAAAGGAGAAAGAAAAAGCAAGGAACAAACGAAACUAUGAGAGGAGUGUGUGUAAUCGUGUAGGUUCGAUUGAUCCCCAAAGAACGAAAGGAAAAAUAAGUUCCAUCGCGUGUAAGGAAUUUCUUGUACACUUAAAGAAAAUGGUAUAUACAUAUUAAGAAUAAUACGUAUUUGACUGGGAA